UCACUUCCGUAUUGACCCACGCUUUGCUCGUUUUACUCGUGGGGGAGCCAUUCAUUCUUCCGAGAUUCGCAGUUUUUUUUCUACAAAAAAAAAAAAAAAAAAAAAAGAAUGAGGCCGCUAACCGAAGAAGAGACGAAAACGUUGUUUGAGAAGCUGUCGAAAUAUGUAGGAGAAAACAUAAAGCUCCUCGUGGACCGACCAGACGGCACAUACUGCUUCAGGCUUCACAACGAGCGCGUAUAUUACAUGAGCGUGAAGAUUCUUAAACUGUCCACAAACAUUGCCCGGAACAAACUGGUGUCAGUCGGCACUUGUUUUGGCAAGUUUACAAAGACCAAGAAGUUUCGGCUACACAUCACAGCUCUCGAUUUCCUGGCACCCUAUGCAAAGUUCAAGGUGUGGGUGAAACCUGGAGCCGAGCAGUCUUUCCUCUAUGGCAAUCACAUCCUAAAAUCCGGUCUGGGGAGGAUCACUGAGAAUACCACGCAGUACCAGGGCGUGGUGGUCUACUCCAUGGCUGACGUGCCCCUGGGUUUUGGAGUGGCAGCCAAGACGACGCAAGAGUGUCGUCGAGUCGACCCCAUGUCCAUAGUUGUGUUCCACCAGGCUGACGUGGGCGAGUUCAUCAGGAAUGAAGACGCAUUAACAUAAAUCAAGAUUCUACAGUAUCACUUGGACUGUAGCUGCUCUUUAUUUCUAUCCCCCUCCCCACAGCCUCCAUCCGCAUAUUUACAAUAAAUCCAAAUUGGGAUGAUUUGA